CUAGCAACUGAGCCACACCUACUCUUAUGGCGGUAUGUUCAGAUACAAUGAUACUUCAGGAGUUUUUGCUUACAUCCUUUCACUGUUCAUUACAGUAUACACUGACACUGUAACAGUGUAUGUGGUGCUGGAGCACGGGGCAGAGGAUGAAGGCAUGGGUAGGAAGAUUGUUUGUUGGGUGUUCCAUUUCUUUUGUUUGUUGACAUUUAUAGCUCACACAAGAGCAUCAUUCACCAAUCCCGGUUACGUUACUAAAAAGAAUUUGAAUAUUGAUUUUAAAGAGCACAGGGAGAAGGAGGAGGAGAUGCGGCGCCAGGAAAGAGAUAAAAAGAAAAAGAGGAAGAAAAAGGAAAAGGAAAAGGAGGAGAAGCCGUUUGAGUUACAGCUAACUGAAUGGACCGUUUGUACUAAAUGUGAGUCUUAUCGUCCACCACGGGCCCACCACUGCAAACACUGCAAUCGCUGUGUUCGUAGAAUGGACCACCAUUGUCACUGGAUUAAUAACUGUGUCGGCAUACAUAAUUACAAAUUUUUCUUUUUGUUUGUUUGUUAUUCUGAGGUAUUAGUAAUAGGAGCUGGCCUCUCGUUAAUAUGGGAUUGGAGAAGACACAAGGAGGUACCUGAUGACACCUUAGACAGAGUAUUAACAUUUGGUUUGUUCAUCAUUGAUGCUUUAUUUACUUUCUUUGUUAACGGAAUGUUAAUAUCACAAAUAUUAGCAGUAUUGUGCAAUAGAACGUUUGUUGAAGUGAAGAGAUACGGUCGUCCUGUGGGCAAACCAAAGGAGUCUAAAAUGAGUUUAAUUACAGCAGUAUGUGGGCGUGGUCCAAUGUGGCUUUGGUGCCUACCUUUUACUAAAGCAAGAAUACCUGAUCCUAUCCCUCCCUCUGAUAUUGCUCUUAAUCAAUUCAUUGUUUAAUUUAUGGGUUAAUAAUUU